ACAGGACCACAAAGUAUCACACGAAACACAGAGCAAGUUACAAAUAGGAUACAGUGAAGAACAACUGGCUUCCUCUUGUCAUGGAGAAGAGUCUCGUCCUCUGGGUUUUCAGUCUCAAUGUUUGACGGAACCUUGGACUCAACAACCAUGAAGCUCCUCAUCCUCACCUGCCUCAUGGCUGCUGCUCUUGCUAUGCCUAAACUUCAUCACAGAAAUGCAGUAAACAUUCAAAAUCAACAGCAGUACAGCUCUGAGGAACAACAGGAGUCUGUUAAACUGCCAAUGUAUCUCAAGUUCAAUGAGAAAUUCUUCAAUGACCUGAACAAACAGAGAGCUGUUCUGGCAGGAGAACAGAGUGAUGAAAUCAAGCAAACUAUGAAUGAAUCAACCGAGGAACAAGCAAUGACAAGUGUUCAGCAGGCAGUCUCCAGCACCAGCUCAUCAAGUGAGGAAACUGAGAAUGUCAUUUCCAAUCUCAACGAGGAACAGCUUAAGAGACAGAUCAAAUGCAACCAACAAUGCCAGCAAGCUACCAUGGCCCAGCAAACUACCCUGUCCCAGCAAUCUUCCCUGGCCCAGCAAGCUUCUCUGGCCCAGCAAUCUUCCCUGGCCCAGCAAGUUUCCCUGGCCCAGCAAACUUCCAUGGCCCAGCAAGCUGCCCUGGCUCAGCAAGCUGCCCUGGCUCAGCAAGCUGCCCUGGCUCAGCUAGCUUCCCUGGCCCAGCAAGCUUCCGAGGUGCAGCAAUCUGCCUUUGCUCAGAAACUCCUCCCAAGACCGAGCCAGUUCUACUACUCAAACAUGGAGCAGCCUUACAGAAUGAGUGCAUACAACCAAGUCCAAAUGCAGAGACAGCCUAUGAGUGUAGUGGAACAGGAACUGGCCCAGUUCUUCACUCAGGUCGUUCCACAAUUCUACCAGCAUUAUGAGACCUAUCCUUUUUGGUCUUUUAUUCCACAAGACGUACAGCACAUUACUCCUGAAUCUGUUCUUAACAGUGCCAAGCCCAUUGCCCCCAAGACUGCUGAAGAAACCAAAGUGUGGUGAGACAUUAAUUCAACCCUCAGAAACUCCACAAUUACAACACUCGAUGUGACUGGAACCUCCAUCAUUUUCACUUCUCCUCUUCAUUCAUCAUAUGGAUUCAUCAUCCUAUCCAAGGCUCAAUUGCUAUACUAGAAUAGGAAAACACCGUAGAAAGGGCAAUCAUUCUCUUGGGUUGUCUGCUGCAUAUUAGACAGCAUAGCAUCCUUUCUUAAGCUUACCUUUCUCAGAUAGUCUGUUUAAAUUCCAGUUGCAUCAUGUCAGAGGGAAAACACCGAGUGGAGAGAAUUGAAGUCUUUAACUAAGUUUCUAUAAUGGAAAUUUUGUUUUAAAAGACUUUGAAUUGAUUCUUCUGUAAAUACUAUUAUUUAGUGUAAUUGUGUGCAGUAACUGAGAUUUUCUUUUUUCUCUUCAAUAAAUUG